AUGGUAGGUCUCAUCCGUAGCAACCGUCCAGAAGCCGUAACUAACCGUAGCCCACCCGCGACUCCCAUAGCAACCCACGCUCUCUCUCGUCCCCGGGGCGUCGCACGCUUCCUCUGCCUCGAUCGCCGACACCGCCAACUCGCAGGGUGUGCACGACACAUUACGCCAUGGUGUUCGAUCACUCGCCGCCGAUGUUGCACCCGCUCAUCCCUUGCAGGCCAGGUUGGAGAAUGUGAGUGGCGCUUGUUCUGGGGACGAGGACGAGGACGAGGCAGACGCGUCAUCCUCCUCGUCAGCCCAGUCACCCUGUGGUGGUUUGCGGUGUCAUAAGCCUGACUACAUUGAACCCAACCUAACUGGUACCUCCUGUGUUCACUCUUCACAGUGGGAUGACCAUCGAGAGAUGCUGCAGUUGACGUUGCAGAGGCAAAUGUUUGGCCUGCACAUGCCCGUGCGACAGAGGAUGGAACGUUCCCUCGUCAAGCAGGUCAGUCACACACCACCAAAUCGUACACUCCCCAUGACCUUCGCAAUUCACCGGUAUCGCAUACCGCACAGUCUGUCGUGCCGCGUUCGCUGGGAGGCUUCACCCGACCGUCGAAUCUGCAUCUCGACAUCCUGCUCGGCAACGACGAACAGAUCGAUGUCGCCGAUGUUCUACGAGGUGAGAAGGUGAUCUCAUUCACAUAUCUUACGACCGCCUCACUGACACUACUACCACCUCGAGAUACACAGACCGAGUCGAGACGGCCGACGUGGGUGAUUUUCACCGAGCGAUGGAGCAAAAGGUGCUCAAGUCAUAG